AGAAGGAAAAAAUUGCUUUUUCUCAAAAAUAUCAUUUCAAUUUUCAAUCAUCUAAAAAAAGUAUAACAAAAAAUAAAACAAUUUCCAUUUUCUUUACACCAUCAAAAUCACCAAAAACCAAAUCCAACACAACCACCGCCACAACAAUUCAACGGAAAAUCAUCACAAACACAACCAAACGCAUAACAACACCACCGAACCCAAACCUUUUCUCUCUUUUUAUUUCAUUUCCCGAUUUACCCUCCCCUUCUUCUUCUAUUUACCAUCCUAUCCCUCCUCCUCCUCCAUGGCCGCGUCGCUCCUUUUCCUCUCCAUCACCGUUUUCUCCAUUCUCCAAUCCGCAUCAGCUUCUUCUUCCUCCAACGCUUGCAUCCCCGUACCUGAUUCGUUUCUCUAUAAUCUUCAAUCUCAAUGCCCAAUCUACGUCCAAUCCAAUCCACCGCUUCAGGUGGAUGGAAAUUUCAUAGAAGAAGUUCUAUCUGGCAAAAAGAAUACGGAGUCUGUCUCUAUACUCUUUUAUGCUUCCUGGUGCCCAUUUUCACGCAGAAUGCUUCCUAAAUUUGAAACUCUUAGCUCCAUGUUUCCUCAAAUAGAGCAUUUUGUUCUUGAGCAAUCGUCGGCUUUGCCAAGCUUAUAUUCAAAAUAUGGAAUCCAUAGCUUGCCCUCAAUAUUAUUGGUGAACCAGACCUCAAAGUUGAGAUAUCGUGGUCCAAACGAUUUUCUCUCUCUAUUGGAGUUUUAUGAAAGAAACACAAGGUUUGAAGCAAGUAGUAAUAAUGCCAUCGGUCAGCCAAGUAGCAUGAUGAUGACAGGCGAUGAGAAUUCAAGUCUGAAGUCAUUGAUGGGUCUGUCACUUAAAGAAGCAUCAAGAAGGGAACCGUACUUAGUGUUCUCUUUGAUGUUUAUCUGUUUGAGGAUACUUCUUUUUGUAUUUCCCAAGAUCCUAUUGCGUCUCCGAGCAUUCUGGGUUUCCUGUAUUCCUAAUCUGAACAUGCAAAUAUUUGGCGAGACAAGCCAAGUGAUCGGACGCGUCCUUCAAGUGAUCGAUGUGAGGAGGAUUUGGACAAAGCUAGGACUGUGCAAGACGAGGAUUUUUCACGAGAGGGCAAGGAGUGCGCGAGUUUUGGCUUCAUCUUUGGCUUCUGUUUCUCUGGGCGAGUCAUCAUCAGCUAGAUAAUUAUUCCGAGGUUUGAACUAACAACCUUAAUAUGUUGUUAUGAGGGUAGUUCAGAGUUUGUCUUUAUCAGAUAAUAUCCUCAAGAUGCAGGUGAAGCUUGGCAGCACAUAGUUUCUCUCUCCCCCCUCUUUCUUUCUUUUUAAUUUUAUUGUUAGAGCUAAUAGCUAAAUGUUGAUUUGUGUUUGAGUUGGUUUUUUUUGGGAGGAACAGGCUUGUAAAUUUGAGAACUGUUUUCCUUUUGUGUAAAUUAGUUGUUUCUAAAUGGAAUUAUAUACACAUGUUGUCUUAUGAAA